AUGAAUGCAUAUUAUAAGACAACAAAAGUGUUUUUUGUCAUUGCAUGCAUGUAAAACUGUUGUUGGGGACUCCCAAAACAAUAUUAGGAACAUUUUAAAUGCCAUAACAGGUGCCCUUUAAACACAUGCUGGACGAAUGUCUUUGACAUGUGUACCGUGUCUCGCUUUUUCUUCAGCAUCUCGCGCAGGACCGGCUCUGUUUAAACACAAUGUCAAGAGUGUAGGUGAAUGUCAGGUGAACUUUCAGUAAAUAACGACAACGAACUUGUUAUACUGGAGACGAAACUUGGAGGAAAAAGUGCCGCCAUGGAGUCUUCACCUCUUGGAGAAGUCAUCCGAGCCCUUGCUGUCAUGCAACAGACACACCAUUAGGCCUUCCUGGCCAAGGAGCAGCGCUUCCAGGAGCUUCUCCAGGCCCAAAUGGAGGACCGGCAGGACUGGCAUUGCAGAGCCUGAUAACAGAGGAAAGGUCCUCAACCAUGACACCAGAGGCAGCGAUGACUGUAUCCCAAGUCAUGCUGGCCAAAAUGGGGCCACAGGAAGACCCGGAGGCAUAAGUGGGGCUCUUCGAACAAACUGCUACUGCCUCCAGAUGAACAAAAGCCCAGUUGGCGAUUCGGCUGCAACAGCUAGCCAGGGAAGCCCAGCUCAGCAACUCCCCACUGACAACCAACUGAAGUACAACCUGAAGAAGGCUAUCUUACAAUGGAUCGGCCGCACUGCAGAACAACACUGCCAGCGUUUAUUUUAUGUGUGGUAGAAAAGAACGUUUGCAUUAUUUCAUGUGUGGUCGAAUAGAACAUUCACAUUAUUUCAUGUGUGGUCGAAUAGAACAUUCACAUUAUUUCAUGUGUGGUCGAAUAGAACAUUCACAUUAUUUCAUGUGUGGUCGAAUAGAACUUUGCAUUAUUUGAUGUGUGGUUGCCCCCUUGUUACCUCAUUAUUAGUUCAUUUGGUUCACACGCUUUCCUUAUUACCGUCCGUGUUUUCUUUCCUAUUUAACCCCAUUGUGUUGUUUUGUCUUGUGCCAGUUUGUUGAAGAUGUUUCCCUGUUAUAGGUGCCACUGGAGAUUCCUGUUUUGAGCCCAGACCUCGAGGCUCCACUUCUCCAGCCCUUCCACCAAGUUCCUAUCUGUGUUAUGUAGUUUUUCCACCUAUGAGGUGGUUUCUGUUGUGUUUUUCUUUAUUUUUCAUAUGAAUUAAGCCCAUUCACUCUGCUUUUGAAUCCUCACCCUCUAUCUCUCCAAUCCAGCCUUGACACAAAUAAUACAUGAGUUUUAGAUUCUUUAGAAGAAUUAAUGUAAAUGCUUUUAUAAAAUAAUAAGCUUCACAUUUCUGCCUUUAAACCCUCCAAAAAUUGUCCCAUUCACUUCCAUUGUAAGUGUCUCACUGCAACCCACAUUUUUGCUUUUUUUAAAGAGGAUGGAUGAGUCUAAUUUUUUUUUUGUGGUAAUCAACUUUAUGCAACAAAUGCUGUCGAUUGAGCUUUACCUGUACUGAACCUGGAACAUUCCUUUAAAUGUUUAAGUCUGUUGAAUCAAAGACUUUUCACAAUUUGCCUUCCACUAUUUUAGUUCUUCUCUUUUGUGUUAUGUCAAACCCCAUCUGUGAACUCGAUAUUAAAGAAUGGUAACCAAUGAAGUACAAAAGUGUAAAAAUAUCCGUCCAACCAAUUAUUGGUCCAUUUCUAAUGAUUUGUUCAAAGAGGAUAGAUUUGUUAACAGUUAUAAAUUAUGGUUAUGCACUUAUCUAUUAUAAUUGGAGCAAACCUCUGCAGCAAUUGUGGUCGUGCAAUCUGCUACGGUGCAGGAUCUGAAGAAAGCCAUUAGCAGAUAUAUGGAGCUUAAGCAACAUCAAGAGGGAGAUGUCAAGCACAUCAGAUGGUGAGACAUUGAAAAUGGCAGGUUUCUUCAAGUAGAUGAUAGGUUUAUUGUGCAUGUGGCUAAUUACCAUUCUUAUAUCAAGGAAAUAUGUGUGGAGAAAAUGUUAUCUGGUCUUCAAUGCAGAAAAAUUAGAGGAUGACAAAAGAAUGCUGAAAGAGUGAGUCAUUUUUUCACCCUUUCAAAAGAACUGAAAAUAUGUGGAAACUUUUGUUGAUUUUGUGCACAUUACUUAGAUUAAAGUCAACAUGAAAUAAAAAUGACUCUAUUUACUUAAUACACAUUAUUAAUGUCCCCAAAAUACCUCUUGAUUUUCAACCCCUCUCCUCCAACCCCCUCACUCUGGAAUGUAAUGCACACUUCUGCUGACUCAACCAGUUCCCUGUGUGUAAAACCUGCUCUAUAUUCUUCUCAUUGAAUAUCCAGUUUCACUCUGAAAGAGGUUAGAUGAUGGAAGUAAAAUGGAUUGCGAACACAAUUUCAUGUUGACUCUUUCAUGACAUGUUGUGCUUUUGAAUUAUGAUUACAUAUGCGAUAAGAAGGAUUUUAUUUCUCAUAUUUUCAGCUAUGGGAUCAGGAACAGAGAUGAAGUGACAUUCUUGAAGAAACGAACAGGGGGAAUUGCCGGUCCUCAUUUCGACAAUUAAAAGACGUUCAGUGGCUGUUACAAUUGUUCCAAAAAAUACAUGUUCAAGAAAUUAUUCCUAGUUUUUAUAACAUUGCAUUAUAUUCAGAGCACCUUUCAUCAGUACUGAUAAAAGAGCCUUUUGUUCUUUUUUUUUUGGGACAGAUACCCAAUCUAUUACAUUUGCAAAAAUGCAAAUGUUUGAUACUUCACUGAAAAACCCCAUGUCAUGUAACACCCACUUCAGCUCUGAUCUUGCCUUUACUAGAUUUGAGUCAUUCAAAUUAAGUACAAAUCUAAUUACCUAUAUUUACAACAUAUCUGUGGAAUUUUUAUUCUAAUUGUAUAUAGAAAUUUAGACAUAGUGUAAAUUCAUAUUCUUUCCAUGUGUUAUUUGUUUUUAUGGUCCUACCAGACCAUAAAGCCCCAACUCCCACAAUUUGCUGUGUCAGACCUGACAUGCAUCGUUUGCACCACUACCUGAAUUUAGGAAAAUACAGGCCGCAUACUUUAAAUAUUGUAAACAUGUUCCUCAUACUGUAGCACAGCAAUAUGACUUGACUAUUAUUUCCUUAUCACUACAAUGUGUACAGCAGAUGGGUGAAAAGAAAUGCACUGGCUACAGGAAACAUAGGUUACUGCUCUUUAUAUCUCUAUAUGUCAUUUUUUAUUCCCUAAACAUUUGAUUUUUAUGUCAAUUUUGUAGAUUCAAAUUGUAAUUUGAUUACACAUGGGUUAUGAAAUAAAUUUCAUUUAGUAAAUAAUUGUACAUCUAUUCAAAGGUUUUCUACUUGGAAACAUGUAUUCUUCUAAUUAUUGUCUUGUGCAUUUUAAAUCGUUGUGCAUUUUUGCUGCAGGAAAGGACCAGACUGUACAAUUGUCCAUUAUUCUUGUCAGGCUGCUCUAAAGUUGUCAGUUUCUCUCCACAAUCUUUUGUGAUAUCACACCAGAGAGGAGACGGCUCAAAGGAAUGGGGCUCUUAGAGGUUUAAGAUCAAGUGAGCCUUGACUUUUCAGCUCUUAACAUGCCUGGAAAAUAUCAUGAGCAGGAUCUGGAGAAUAUCUCGGAGGAGCUGAACCAGGUCUCCUUACGCAGGCAGCAGAUCACUGACAGACGCAAUGUCCUGAAUUUGCUGAUCGAAUUCAAGCGAAGUAACGGCCGUAAUGAGCAACAGUAUUCCGAAGAAAGUGCAGAAAUGCAAGCACUUGACAAUGAACUUAAAGAUCUCUCUGAGAGGAAGACACAACUGUUGGCGAAGCAAGACAGAUUAGGAGGAACUCCAAAUUUAAUAGACACAUCUGUAUCAUCUGGUGUAAUUUUUGUGGAGAGUCCACCUUCCUUUCCAGCUCCACAGGUUAUUCUGGAUGUUCAACAACUCCCUCGAGUCCCAUCCCAGACACAGUGUCCAUUCUGUCGCCAAUAUGUGACCACAGAGGUCACAACUGCUACUGGUAGUGUGGCCUGUCUGAUGUGUCUUAUUUGCAUUGUCUUCGGUUGUGUAGCUGGCUGCUGCUUUAUCCCAUUCUGUGUGGAGUCCAUUAAAGAUGUCAUUCACAAGUGUCCAAAAUGUCGGAGCAAAAUACACACCUGCAAGAAACUUUGAGGGGUGAAACUCUUGAAAACACAGCAGAGAGA